UCCUGCGGAAAAAUGAGCGACCAUCAAAUGCCGGUUUUUAAACGAAUGAAUUUGGCCCAAACGAAUUCUAUCGCUGGUAACAAGAAGCGCACCUGGAAGUCCCUCAAGCAGAUUACGGCUUACGAACGCACGCUUCCUUGGAAGGAUACAGAUGUGACUUAUUCCUCCGUUAACGCACCACCCUCGUUCGUGCCGGCCAAGAAGUACUCGGACAUAUCCGGCCUGAUUGCCCCGUACACCGAUCCGCAAACCAAGCUGCACUUCCACAAUGCGGAAGAGUUCCAGACGGUCCGGAGCCUACCGAUGGAUCUCACCGCGGGCUUUCUGGCGCUGCGAGGGGCAAGCAGUAUUGUUUAGAAUUACUACUUUAGAUGUUUAGAUGAUCUUCAGCUCGAAUGCAGCUAUGGUGCGAUAUCAAUAUCAGAUUUCACUGCUAAUAUGCUACGCUGCUCACUCCUAAUAAACAAAAACCAUAAACGAAAGAUAACUCAAAUAGAACU